AUGCGCACCCAGCAGUUGUCCGCAGUUCUGGCGUUUGCGGCCGGUGCUUCCGCGUGCCAGCGUGACUUCAACAUCGAAGCCCGGCAUACUCACCGCAAACCUAUUCUUCGGCGCAACGACGUCUGGCCUCCUGUGUUGACAGAGCAGGAGACGCUAAUCGCUAACUCUUUUGACAAUGUGACCAUCGACGAGUGGUCCGAAUACUACGGCCGACAAAACAAGCUUGCCGGCUUCGGCAAGGAGGCUGCCGAGUGGACGCGUGACAAGUGGGCAUCCAACGGGUUUGAGAGCCACCUGAACGAAUAUCACGUCUUUCUUCGGUACCCUGUCAGUGCCGCGCUGAACUUCACCGACGCCGAAGGCAAUGUCUCAGAAGUCAACCUUAAGGAGGAUGUUAUUGAAGACGACGAGGUCACCGGCUGGGAUGCCAUCAGCCAGCAGACCUUCCUUGGGUACGCACCGACUGGCCAUGCCAAGGCUGAAUACGUCUACGCUGGUCGCGGUUCCAUCGCUGACUUUGAGGCUCUUGCUAAGUUGGGUGUCGAUGUAAAGGGCAAGAUCGCAUUGAUCCGCUAUGGAGGCCUCUUCCGUGGCUUGAAGGUCAAGAACGCGCAAGACGCCGGUGCCGUGGCUGCCGUAAUUUACCUCGACCCUGGUGAUGAUGGCGAAGUGACUGUUGCAAACGGCUACAAGGCGUAUCCAGAGGGUCCUGCAAGGAACCCGCACCAAGGUCAAAAGGGUUCGACACUGUUUCUCAGCACCCAUCCUGGAGAUCCAACUACCCCUGGCUACCCAUCGCACGAGGACGCCCCGCGUGCCGAUGUCUCUGACGUCAUCGCCAAGAUUUCUUCAGUCCCUAUCUCCUACUCCGCUGCCGAACCUUUGCUCAAGGCUCUCAACGGCCACGGCAUUUCUGGCGAGCAGGUCAACCGUACCAACUGGAUCGGCGGCCUUGACGCAGAGUACUUCACCGGCCCUGCGCCCGGCGUUACCCUUGAGCUUGACAAUGUCAGCGAGGAUGUCAUUCGCCCGAUCCAAAAUGUUAUUGGUCGCAUCAACGGCACCAACCACGAUGGAACCCCUGCUAAAGAGACCUUAUUCAUUGGCAACCACAGAGACACAUGGAUGAUCGGAGGAAACGGCGAUCCAAACUCUGGCUCUGCCAUCCUCAUCGAGUUUAGCAAGGUCAUCAAGAAGCUGAUUGACUCUGGUUGGAAGCCCAAGCGCAACCUGGUACUGGGAAGUUGGGAUGCCGAGGAAUGGGGCCUCAUCGGAAGUGUCGAGUACGUCGAGGAGCACAUCAAUGAGCUUACUGAAACCCUGAUUGCCUACCUCAAUAUUGAUGUUGCUGUAUCGGGCCCUCGCCCGGAUCUUUCAGCCACUCCUGAGUUGCACACGAUUGGCACCGAAAUUAUGAAGAAAGUGAUUCACCCUAAUUUUGGAGGCUUCAACCAAUCUCUGUACGAUUCAUGGCAGGAGGCUUCCGGUGGUGUUGUUGGUGUCCUCGGCUCCGGCUCUGACUAUACCGCCUUCCUUCACCGUGGUAUCAGCUCCCUGGACGUUGGGUCAGGUGGAGGUCCCACCGACCCAAUCUGGCCGUAUCACUCCAACUACGACACCUACCAUUGGAUGGCUACCCUAGGAGACCCCGGCUUCCACGUGCAUGCUAGCCAGGGCCAGUACCUUGCUCUCCUUGCGUACCACCUCCUCGACGAUGAGAUUCUGCCUCUCGACGUUGUCAACUAUGGAGUUGAGCUUCAAGCCUACCUCGAUGACCUCGUUGAAUUUGCUGCUGACAAUGACGCCGACCUCGAUUUCUCCGAGCUUGAGGACGCAAUUGAGGUCUUCAAAAAGAGGGCAGGUGAGGCCAAGGCUCUCGAGGAGCUGGCUGUCACAACCAACGAUCAAAACCUGAAGGAUGUUGUCAACCACAAGUACAUCCACUUCCAGCGCGGCUUUGUUUCACAGGGUGGUCUGCCCAACCGCGAGUUCUACAGGCAUGUCGUUACGGCCCCUGGUUUGGACACCGGAUAUGCUGCUGUCACUUUUGCUGGUGCCACUGAGGGCAUUCAGUAUGCCGAGGAUGGCAACUUUGAUGUUGCCCAGGAAUGGGUUUCGAAGAUUGCGGCCGGCAUUGUCGUCGCAGCUGAUAUCCUCAAGACCUAA